UCUCAUACUAUUUGAAUAUUAUUUAACAUUUUAUUUAUUUUUUGUUAUUGGUGCUAUUGUGCAAUUUAUUCAUGGUCACGCAAAUCGCACAAUAAUAUUCCAUAGCAAAAUGCACAAAUAUAUACAACACACACAUAGACAUUUGAAUAAAUUUGUUAAAUUAUUUGUAUUGGUUGCACACAGCUAUUCGCACUUUUUUUUAUUUUUUUUUUUUUACAUAUUUUUACAUGAUGAUGGCCACAAUAAAACUUAGCGACAAGGUCAAGUAUACAAAGUACUUAAAAAGUAUUUGCUUUAAACUUUUCGUUUUCUAAUUAAAUUUAUUGCAUUUUCUGUAUGGACAAAAUAUGCGAUGUCAAAAAAAAAAAAAAAAAAAACAGAAUUACUUUAUAAAGAUUUAAGGAAUCUUGUAGUUGAAUGAAUAAUUCUCAUAAAAGCGAAUUAAUAUCAAUAUCAGUAUCUAACAACCCUGUGUUUACAGCUAAAAAGGAAAAAAUUAAGAAAACGGAGGUUACACUCGUUUCGAAGCGAAUAUUUUCGCACUCACUAUUAAUAAUAGCUAAUGUUAAAGCGAGAAAAUAGUGAUUAUUACAUCAUACGUCAUGUAUUUCAAUGUAAAUAUAUGUCUGAUCGCAAAAAUGAAAUAAAUAUCGUAUAGUGCUAGACAAGUAGCAAAUCAUUAUCAAUCGCUAAUAUGGAAACCUACGCAAAAUUCACUAUAUUUGAAAGCUAUCCACUGCAAGUUCUUCUUUACAUAUAGGUCUAAACAAGAGUACAAAAAUGCAAAUGUUUUGUUUCCUUACUAUUUAAACCCUUCACUUAUUAGUCUAGACAAGAAUACGAACAUGCGGAUGUUUUGUCUCAUCGCAGUUUGUACACACAUUUCUUUGCUACUUUUUAGCGAUUUAGGAAUACCAUGGUGUUAAAAAUCUUCCUCUUUUGACCUGAAUCACUCAUCGAAACUUUUUUUCUGCAUCUUCGUACGCGCCUAAGUGCUGCUUAACAAGUCUGUGCUCCUGUUGCUUAUAAAGUCGAUGCAAGAAAUGGAGAGGAAAUUAUAAGGACUCGGAUCUGAGAAGCGAACCGCAGGGGACAACUUUUCGCAAUUCCGUGCUAUCGGGAACCGGUUUUGGGUCCCAGAUUGAAACUUCGGCCAUGGUCCAAACCUUUCCCUCUGAACACAGGGAGGCCUAUCAAGCACCUCUUAUUAUUUAAUGCCCCCGCUUUUGGGGAUAACCACACCCACCAUGAGUACUUCCAGGAGCGCGGCAGCCAAGCGAUCAGGCCUCACACAUUUUUUAAUCUGCUGCGCUCAAAAAGUAAUUGGACAUACCAUCUUACAACGAAAUUUCCACAUGGUAUAUCAAUAUACAAGCGUCCCUCCCCGAAAGAUCUUGGCAAGCACCGAUCUGUAGUUCAACCAAUGCUGUCACCCGCUGAAGCAGGAUACUCGUGACUUUGUGAUCGAGCAACCUGAACCCCGUUGAUUCUAUAGUUCAUAGCAAGCUGUAGAAUUAUUGGCAUGCAAGGAAAAUGAUUUUGUGUAGCUUUUUUUGAUAUCUUGAUAUCAUUUUUUUGGAAUAGAAGUACUACGACUGGUUAUUUCUGCCUGCCGUCCAGCCUGUAAGAAAAAACAUAAAUUCAGACAUGCAUGCCGUCUAAACGAAGUUGAUGUCCGACUGUGCGUUUUUCAAAUCUUUUCAUACUUUUUAAUCAGAGACUUUUAUUUGUAGAUUUUCCUUCGCUAUGUAAUAUCACAUACAUUGUAUGAGUUCUCUAAAAGUCUUUAUUUUUGUAUUUAUAAUGAUACAGAAUUAGUCCAACAUGUAAUCUUUUUUAAUAAUAUAAAUAAUUUAUGUAAUUUACUCUUUCUGUAAUAAAACCCACCUUCAACAUCAAAAUUGUAGACUUGGCAAGUUCUUUAGAAGUUAACUCUCUUCGUGCUAUUUGUCAAAUAAUUCUUGUCUGAUUAUUGAAAUAAUUCUUAGGGUAUAGGGUAGAUAUUUUCUUUGCAACUUAGUCAGUCAGUGAGUCAGUUAGUCAUUGUAAUGUGCAAGUUUCAAGUGCAAGUUACAUAACUAUCGGAGCGUUGUUCAUAAGUUUGAGACGAGCUUGGAACAUAUUGAGACGCAUCGUGAGACGGCCGAAUGCUGCGAAACCAGUCAGCUAAAUGUCUUCACGUCUUCAAAUACGCUGCAGCGUUUUGAACCGUUUUGGAAACAUUUGCAAGUAUUGCAACUGCCUUGCAUCAUAACAAUGGAUUGGUAUUAGGUUUUAACUCCUUUCAAAAAUUGUACGUCAAACUUUGUCUGUCGUCAUUACGGCUUCAACGGCACCACUUAACUAACCAGAGGUUUCGCGAAAGCUCUGAUAACUCUUAAUGUUUCUUAUGUCCUUUCUUUAGAGCAUUAUUGCGUUGAAGGCGGUUCUACAGACUAUUUAUUAUUGCACCAAUAUAGCCCGGUCUUAUAUGGAUCCGCCGGGACACAUCAUUUCAACAAAAACCAUUGGUGUAUUGAAUAUUUGUUUAUUUCUUAUUUAACUCCAAGUAAUUGCCGCAGAGCCUAAUAAAGAUAAGAAGUGUGAUUAGCUCGUUUCGCGGUUCAAUUUCCAAUGCGAUAGACCAUAAGUUUAAAUACGGUUGACCAGGUGUACACAUAAGUCUUUCUUUUACAAGAUUUUGAAAUAAAACGGUUCACCAACGAGAGCAAAUACACUUUUUUUACACGAGUUUUUAUAAAUUAUAAUUCUGACAGUUUCUUACAGAAACUCAUGUAUACAAUGACAAAUAUAAUUGAGCGGAUGUUGUGAUAAUGUGAGCAGUCAGUCGGUUUAUGCCCACAUGUGUGUUAGGCAGAUUUUUCACCUUAUACGAUUUUCAAGUUCCUAAAUUUGCGGUAAGUUGCAUAUAUUUUUUUACACGGUUUUUUUGCACUGUUUUCUGGCAAAAAGUUCGGAGCUUUUUCAUCUUACUCGUUUUUGUCAAGUUGUGGAACAUAUCCACAAAUUCAUAUUCACUUCAUAUAUUUUUUACCCUACUUUUUUGGCCAGAUUUCUAAGGCAAGCAUCUAUCGUGUAAAAAAUAGAGGUGUUGGAGUUAGGCAGCAGCUGUCUGUUAUCGCUCUUUCUGUAUUUGUUUCUCCCUAACCAUGUUUGUAUACGAUUUGUACACCAAAUUCUACUACGUUUCAAAAAAUAGCGACGAGAAUUAUUUUGUCAUGAAUGAUGUGUAAAAUUAGCGAAAGAUAUAAAAGACGUAAAAAAUUUUAUAUAAGUAAAUUGAAUUUAUUUGAUAAAUUCGGGAACAAUAGGAUAAUCAAUUAAGGCGAUGGCAUGGAACAAAUUAUAGUUAUCACUUAAUUCUUCUUAGAACGUAUUAGUUCAAUUUGAGUUUCAGUUCGAUGCAGUCAUCAUAACGGGAUUUAAAAUAAAUAAUAAAAUAUUCUUCUUGGCAGAUGAUUAUCCUAAGAAGUAAGACAAUUUUGAAAAGUGAAAAAUCCAUGUACGAGUUUUUCUUACUAAUCGGUUUGCUAUCUAAACGUUACAAUUAUGUUUUGUUCGGAAAUUUAUUUUAUUGCUUUACAAAUAAUACUGCUAUAUACUGUCGCGUUGAAAGCAGUAAAUAAGCGAAGUGUAGAUUUAUCCGCCUCGCAUGCAUUAAUAUCUGAUGUACGACUUUCAACGGAAGUUGUACCCACAGGAUAUGAAAUACAUCUUCAUCCGAUAAUGGAAAAGGAUUCAUUUACCGGCACGAUUAAGAUAAAUAUAAGUUGGACUCAAGCGAUUAAAAAAAUUUCGCUUCAUGCCCACUAUGAUCUCAAUCUGAACGAGAGAACGUUAACUCUCUUGAAACUUAACAAGGAUUCCGUAGAAGAAGCAAUACCAAUACUUCGGGGUGAUAGAAUGCUAAGAAAAACGAUAUAUAUUAUUUAUUUAAAAAGCACCGUCCAAGAGUGUUCUCAAUGCAUAUUGAAAAUCGAUUUCGACGGCAACAUUUGGCAAAGUACUGAAGGGCUUUUUAAAGGAUCCUAUACAGAUGGCAUAAAUAACGAAGAGAAGAAGCAUUAUCUGGCCACUUCGAUGAAUCCGAACAAUGCUCGCAGACUUUUUCCUUGCUUUGAUGAGCCCGGUUUUAAAGUACCUUUUACCGUAUCGAUAGCUCGUCCCAAAACGUAUACAACGCUUUUUAAUACUCCUCUCGUGAGAACUGAAAGUCUUAAUUCAUCGUCUGAAUCAUCUUACGUAAUAGAUUAUUUUGAAACGACACCACCUAUGUCAACUUUCACAUUCGGUUUUGUAAUUUCGCAGCUAAAUAAGUUUAAAUCAGAACAAGAAAAGCUUACAGAUAUGGGAUUACAAUUGGAAAUCAGUUUGUGGGCCCGUCACGAAGUACUUGCAGAAAUAAAAGAAAUUUAUGCGAAACUAAACGAAAUUUAUCCCCUUCUAAUUGAUUACUUUAAUAUGUCGUUGCCGUUAAAAAAAAUUGAUGUACUAGCUAUACCGGAACUUGGCUCUCUUCGUCCAGCCGAUUGUUGGGGACUUUUGAUGUUCAAAGAGAGAGAUUUAUUGAAUAAACCAAGUUAUUAUUUUUUAACGCACGAAUUAGCUUAUCAAUGGCUGGGAUCAUGGAUCACCCCGGAUUGGUGGAAUGUCUCCCAUAUUAAUAGCGCUUUGGUUGGCUUCCUUAGUACAACUGUUACUCUAAAACUUGAUAACGAUCAAGAAUAUAAAGCUAAAUAUCCUAUGACUUUAUUAUAUUCGUUAUAUUAUGAAUUCAGUAAAAGAUAUCCGCACUCUAGGAUAACUGGCUUAAAACAGCAGAUGGCAUCACAGAAGACUGAAAUGAUUCUACGAAUGUUGAAUUAUACUCUGAGUGAAAGUACAUUUCAAGCAGCCAUUCGAAAAUUUGUCGCUACUUAUCAAUAUAAAGCCUAUGUUAGUAAUGAUCUUUGGGACACCAUAACAAAUCAGGCUAUACUGGACGGAAUGUUAACUUCUGAAUAUAGUGUCGCUGAAAUCGCCACAUCCUGGAUAGCAAAAGAUCGUUUACCAAUGAUAACUGUUGAUACCAUAUGGGAUAAGAAUAAUGUUAAGAUUUCACAAAAAUUAUACUUAAGGGAAAGGCCACACGAUGUCCCGGAACAACAUUUAAUGCUUUGGUGGAUACCGAUAGUGAUGAUUAGUCAGGAUAAUUUAAAUUUUAGUUUAACUAAACCGAAAAUUUGGAUGAAGGAAGUGCGUGAAAUUCUUGUACCCAAUAGCUGGACGGAAAAUAAGUUUAUCAUAGUAAAUCCACAAGAAAUUGGACCAUUUCCCGUUAAUUAUGAUCGCAAAAACUGGAAUCUAUUAUUGUCGUUUUUGCUAACCGAUGAGGGUCGUUCUCGUAUACCUACAUAUACGCGGGCAAAACUUUUACAUGACGCUUGGAAUUUGGCUUAUGCUGGCGAUUUAAAUUUUGCUACAGCUCUUAAUAUCACUCUCUUUAUGAAAUAUGAAAGAAAUCCCAUCGUUUGGAGACCAUUUUUUAUUAUGAUUGAUCAUAUCGGUAGACAUAUAGAAAUGUCCGAUGUGCAUAAAAAGUUCGAUAUGUAUGUCCAGGCGAUACUUACUCCACUCUAUGAAGAACUUCGUAACUUUGACAGCAAUACCUGGCAGAGCGAAUUGAAAUCACUCGCUCAUCGAUCUUUAAGUCACGCUGGUUACAAGCCUUUUGUGGAAGAAGCUCGUCAAAAUUACAAAUUAUGGAUAGAGAGUGCAAAUCCCGAUAUGGAUAUUAUAUUACCGAAUAAUUAUAUUUGCAUUGUUUUCAAAUGGGGAACCAUCGAGGAAUGGGAAUUCGGUUUAGAGCGUGUAAUUACGUUCCCUAAGAAUCGUACUCGAAGCGAACGCACCUAUUUAUUGAAGACUUUGGCAGGUUGCCCAGUGCAACCGUAUAAAAUUAUUCGUUUACUAAACGUCACCAUUUUAGAGGGAAAUGGAAAUUUCACUGAUAACGAUAUCUUACUUAUUUUUAAUAUGCUAUCUGGAGGAAGUGUUGGUUAUGAAACAUUGUACAAUUUUUUAUAUGAUAAUUGGUCAGACGUUAGACGAAAAUUCGAGAAUAAAACAAAUUUAUGGGAUAGUUUGAUUACUGAGGCAACGGGAUCAUUUAAAACCAGCAAAGGUUACGAACAAGUUAAAACGCUUUAUAAUCAGCAUAAGGGGGAAUUUGGUAGUGCUACACACAUCAUUGAGAGCUCAUUGAAAAAUAUUAAGGAGGAGGUAAAGUGGAGCGAUGAAAAUCUACCUGUCAUCGAUGUUUGGUUGGAUAACUUUUUAUCGAAUAAUAAUCGAACAACUUAAGAAAAUUUUGUAGCUUAACUGACUAACUUUUAAUAUUAUUAACUAACUUUCUAUAAUUUAAAGAGAGAAUAUAAUUAAAUGAUAUUUUGAACUUUUCUGAAGAGAUCUAGUUAGGAGUUUUAAACUCUAGGUUAACUAUCGUUAAUGCAUUUCGUGUUCACUUUGACACUUAUGUAUUUGUAUAUGGCAACACCUUUAAAGAACAUAUGGUUUUCAACAUUCUACAGUAGAUGAAGUACAGCAAGUGUUUAGUUACCACAAUGUUCCUGCCAUAUGUUUAUUUGCGUGCAAGUGCUCGUAAACUUCUUGUAUAUACAGAAUUUAUUUAAAAAAAUAAUUUUAUUGAAUAAAUAUGUCAUCUGCAAUAACAGCUGUUUGGCUUAUUAUAAGAUAAGAUAAGGGCAAGAUAGGUGGGAUAAGCUCUUGUCAAAUUUUUGUUGACAUUUUCGAUGCUAAGAAAACAAAAUGCAGAGUUUAAGUGUUAACCAUGUUUCAAUCUGCAACUGUUUCUAACGGUGCGUAAGGGGACCAAGUUUAUCUUUUCCUAAUUCAUGAAUUCAAAACUAAACGAAAAGUAAAAACCCAAUAGUGGGCGAGGGCUCAAUAUCAUAUGAUAUAUCAUACGUCACUUCGCUAACACAAUUAUUCACAUAAUAGCUUUUGAAAAUAAUGCCUUACAUGGAAGUUUGUGGUCAAAGUGGUCUGUUUUGAAUUAUUUUCAAUAUCAUUUGUCGUAGGGCUAAGACAUAAUUUCUCAAUAAUUGCGACCUGUAGGUUAAACAAACCAAUAUAACGGUGCAAUAUGAACCGACGGUCAGACAAGCUUAGAUCGAUUUAGAAGGUGAUUCCGAAUCGGUAUAAUAAAAGCUGUCUCAAGACCAUCUGAACGUUGCUUUAUAUCAAUAUACCUUUGUACCACCAGUCGUGUAGGCUACAACAAGACAUGAUGAAUUUUUUAAAAAUAAAAAAAUUUUCUCCACACUUCACUUUAUAUGGGUCUAUCCCUUUCUCGUUUUAUGAGUACGUAAGUGCAGUUUUCUAAUCAAACAUAGAUUUGCUUUAUUGAUACUACAAUGCGUAUAGAUAAAUAAUAAUAAAAUCGAUAAUAGAUAGAGAAAGCAUUGUUCUUAAAAGAGAAACGUG